UAUAUAUAUAUAUAUAUAUAUAUAUAUUAUAUUAGUGUUGUGGGCCUAAAUCCGUCGAACGAGUACCAAACUCACAAAGAGAUGACUCAAAAUGGAGUAAAAAUCAGGAAUAACAAAAUUCGAAGCUUCAUUCUUUGGAUUAUGAGUUUGAACAUUUAACAAUCUACAUGCGUAUUUUCCAGCUAAAAUAAAAAUAUAAUAAAAAAUAUAAAAUGUUAGGGCCGUAUGUCUAUAUCUUACUCAAUCCGUAUAUCUUAUUCAAAUUUAUUUAAAUUCAACUGGAUUAAUUAACAACUCUAUCAAACGUUGAUAGAGUCUAUUUAAAUGUUAUUAUAAAAAGAAGCAUGCAUAAAAAAUACAUCUUCUUUCAAAGAUAUAUGAUUAGAAAACUAUAUUUAAUAUGUGAAAAAUAUCGAAUAGUUACUUACGAAUUACUUAAUUACGAAUAAUUUGUGUAUCGCGAGACAACAAUAGGCGUACAACUUAAUGUUCAUAUAUUUUUUUGUAAAAUUUUAAUUUCAUAUUAUAGCGCAUACAUGUACAGCUUUGCAAAAGUAACAGGUGUUAAUUACAUGGGAAAAAAUUGCAACUAACGUGUACCUAUCGAUAUAUUAACCGACUAUAUAUACAGUAGACGUCUGCAACGACCAAAAUAACUUUAAAAUUUCAUAAAUUAAUACUGUGAUGCUUUUGAAUACUUAAAAUUUGCGAUGCUGUAUACGUAUAGCAUUUUUAUUUGAUACAAUUUUUAAUCUAGUCUUCCUUGUAACUUGUAACGUACUUUGCACUUUUAAAUGCGUCAUCAAUGAAAAUUUUGCAAUCAAAGUUCAAGAACAUAGCCGGAGAUGACUGCAACAUCAUUGGUCAGAAGUGAAUGUAACGUUACAACCGAUUCAUACAUUUGUGCAAUCGCAAAAAGUUUAGAAUAAUUUUGAAUUAGCUGCAUGUGUGACUGUGUAAAAAUCUUGUGGCUGUUACUCGGCGCGAUGGUAAGCGUAGUGAUUUCGUAAUGGAAAAAUUACAUUUACACGAAAUAUUUCCGCAUUGUAACAUAAAACAUAACAUAACAUAAAAGCUAUUUGCUUGUAAUCUUUUCUAAUUUACACACUUUUCAGGAACACUCUUUACAGACAUUACCUCGAUAGGUAGAAUCCUAAAUUAAAUGCUAUAAAACAUCUACAGACCGACUUGAAAUGAACCAUGAAACGAAAGCAAGUAAAAGAUAUAAACUAUAGUUUGAAAUAUAAGAAAGAAAUAACGGAUUUAUCCGUUGAAAUUAUUGAACAAAAUCAACAAUUGAAAUUAUUGAACAAAAUCUCCAAAAGAUCUCGUGUUAUUAUAUUAGAUAUAUUAUUUUAGCAAAAUUUAAGUAUAUCACUGAUACUUCUUCAUUUUAAAAACUUCUUAAAUAUUUAAUAUAACAUGUACUAUCUUUAUAAUCGUUCGUCGAAAUAAAAUAUCUCUAUUUGAUAUACUUUUUGAGACUUUUGAGACUAUUUGAGACUUUUACACGAUACCUGUAUUCUUUUUUAUUUAUAUAUUUUAUUUAUAUUUUAUUUUUCCUUUAUAUCCUAUUUACAUAUUUAUUUUCUUUUAUUUAUUAUAGUUGACUGGAAUAAAUAUUUUGAUGGUUUUAAAUUACGAAUAUGUUAUCGACUCUGUACAAAGGUACUACGAACUCGGGGUAAGAAAUGGUUGUAAGUUGUAACAUUCUCUUCCGUUUCUAUUCUCGAUUGAUAAUUUUGAUAUUACUUAUCGCGAAGCGCGUGUCACUAUUGGUAUUUAAACAUAAGUUACAUAACAAUCUUUGUAACUUUAAUCAUUUUUGCGAAAUUAUAUUCGAAAAUUAAAUUAUUAUUUUCUAUACCGAUUUAUCCUAAAUUAUUUUUCUUAAAGAAUCGAAAUCAUACCGAGCAGCAUAUGCACAUAAGCAGUAAGAUUCGUGAAAUUUGAACCUCGUUGUAGUACUUGAUAACAAAAUGUUUAAGAAUCUUAAUUUGCCCGCAGAAUAAUUCAAGAUCGAAUCUGUUUCCAGAUAAUAAAACAUUUGCUUGUACAAUUUCAAAAUAUCUGACAAGAUCGCAUAGCAACGAGUUCUACUGUAUAUGUUAUAUGAUAAAUAGAUAGUAUCUAGUAUUUUCUAUUGUUAAUUUGUAUAAUAUCAGUAUAUUACGUAUAUUUAAUUAAUCUUAAUUAUAAAAACUUCUCAUUCGUUCUGAUCAUAUCGUAAUAAUUUAUUUUGAAAAUCGAAUUACGUAGAACGUAUGACAAAUGUUUCAAAGUCGGUUAAUCGAUAAAUCUGGCCAAUAAGUCAUCAAACUGAUCAAACUAUCCCACGCGUGGACCAAGUCUCGCGUGUUUAAGCUCACAACACAGCCAAGAAAUUCCCUGAAGAGGGAUGACCAGCAGGUGUAAAAAAGGUGUACGAGAAGAUCCGUUCCACCUGCGGUUUCCACGUUUCAAGGUUCUUCGGAAGAGAAGAAGAAGUACUUGGUAGCGGCGGUUUAUUUAGCCGAUAUAACAAGUAAAAGGUAGCAUCAGUAAUCGAUAAGUUUCGUAGAUACAUACUUGCACAAUUAUAAAAAGCGAGAAGAAACUCGACAUCUUCAAUAGCGAGUAACACUCGUCGAGAGUCCGGACACGAACACUUCGAACUCGAACGCUUAAUAAAAACAUUCCUGGGGAACUGGGAAUGCCACAAAUUUCUUCAUUCCAUUUGAUUCCAAGCAAUUUCUAUACUCAUUAGGUCACCAACAGUAGGUCAGAAUUUUUCAAGCACGCUCUCGGAGUGUUCCAUAAAGAGUUUCGUGAAAGAGUGCUACGUAUUCGGAGCGCGAUGUUAAGAACGAUAAUGCGACUUCCAAUCGAAAUUUUUGCGUCAAACACGGGUGGAUAUGCAAUUUGUGGAAUCUUCUAGUAAUAGUGAUUCUAAGAAAGAAAUAAGAUGAGAGAUUAAAAUAAAAUUGGAAAGCUAACAGUGUCUUGCGAUGAAUUAUUAAGUUCCAAAAUUCGAAGAAGGUAUCAUAUUUUUUAAUGUCGUUAUCCUAUUUCUAAAAUAUACGGAUGCUUUGUAAAAGAAAUUUCGAAAGAACAAAACUAGUGAAAACAAUCAUUUCAGAAUUACGAUAAAAUUUUAUACUUGUAGCUACUCUCAUUAUUUUUACUUUGACAAAUAAAUUUCGAAUUCAGGAAAUACGUGAUCGCUAAUGAAAAUUCAUAUAAUACAAUUUACUUGAAUGGAUGCAAAACUUAAUUACAUUGUGGAAGAAAAUAAUACUAUAAUGACCACUAGAAUUUAGUAAUUUCGAAUAAGUAAAUCAACUAAAUUCCAAUAUAAAGAAAUAGAAUAUAAUCUCAUUUUACUCAAAUAAACGCAUCGAAUUCUUGAAUUUAUUUAUAUUUAUAUUUGAAGAAUAUAUCAUUGCUGGAACCGCUAGAGUGAAUACGAACGAAAGUGUUCUUUUUAUCUACUUUUGCACAUAAAAUACUUAUCUGUAUCCUUUAAAAAUUCAUCUUUGUUUGUAAUAAGAAUAUUAAUGUCAAAGCGCGGAAAAUCGUCAUCACAAUUCAUAGAAAUUGAAAACUAGAAGCUCAAACAAAGUGCUGUAUACAUAGAUACGUAUACUCGUAUAUUCUUACGUAAAAGAUCUGAAGCAAACUGUUCCAUGUUCGUAGAUACAUGUAAAAAUUGUUAUUACUUUGCCAAAAAUGGAAACGCUUGGGGGGGGGGGGAACAGCAGUGGAGGAAAAAAGAGGGAACGGGGGAAAGAGAGAGAGAGAGAGAGAGGAAUAAACAAAGAAAGAUCAUCGAAGAAACAGAAACAAAAAGUUGUCAAAGGAAAAGGGAAAAGGAAGAACUGAAGAAAUAGAGGAAAAAGGGAGAAAAGGAAUCAAGAGAUGGUGGUGGGGGAAACAAAGUAAAAAGAGACUAAAGAAGAAUCGAGAAUGAGAGAGGAGAAGAGAAAAACUGGCCACGAUAGUACAUACACACAUACAUAGAAGUAGCAGAGAAGAGACGAAGGAAGGCCUCGACCGUUGAUUGUCGAGCCGAUGUAAACUGAACCAUGGAACGUACAAGUCGGGCAAGUUGUGUAUAGGCGAGUAACCAGUCAGCCAACCAGCCAACCAGUCAGGCUAGAAGACGCAAGCCUGUGCUCGAUCGGAGUUCCGGUGGAGCCCGCCUGGUGUUCGUCCGAAACGCCAGGACAUUCCACGAAAUGCCCUGCCGUUCUACUCCUCCCUCCAUUUUUCCCCUCUUUUCCUCUUCCUCUACUCCACGCCGCUUCCACUUGCUGCCUGAACGUUCGAAGAUCCGUAAGCAGUACUCUACGAGCGCGAGUACAGCGAUGGGAUCGAUGUGCGAUAAAAUUGUCCUUACAAGUCCUGUAAAUUUCGAAAAGAUAAUAUUUUUAUUUAACAGUUCCUCGAUAGAAUUUCAGAAUUAUUAUAGACAUUUUGAAUAGUGCAUCGUAUAACAAUAGAACCAAAGUUACGUAUAAAUCUACAUUUAUAUAGAUUAAUAAUUUCAUUAUGUACGUACGUUAUGUAAUCUAUUUGCAUCGUCGAUUUCUUAAAAUAAGUAACACAAAGUUCUAAUAAGAAGCAACAUGUUUAUUAUGAAAAUUUUCCUAAAAUUAUAUUCAUAAACAAAAUUUGCAUUAUACGAUAAUUGAACACUUGCAUUAUAGAAUUAAUAUUAAUAAAUAAACAUUGACAAGCAGAGUGUAUAAAUAAAAAGAUGUUUAAAUGUAAAUUCGAGACGAAUCGAUACGUAUACAUGCAUCUUGAUCGUAAAUUGAUCCCAUCGCUACACAAAGUGUGCACAAUCUCCACGUCAUAUGGCAGUCAGUUACGUGUGGAUUCUCCACGUACGCACACAAACACUGUACAAUAUACAACCGAUCACGCCUCUCUUCGUAUUAUACUACUACAAAUGCGUACCUCUUAUUGCUCCUCCUGCAGGGCCGUAUACAUCGUCGUUUACACCGGAAAUUGUCGAGCAAUUUCAAACAACCUUUUAUACUUUUAUAUUCCUUAUUCAUAAAAUUAAUCGGAACUAUAAAUUUAUUGCAUUAUACGCGAAACUGUGUCAAACAAUGAAUAUAUGAAUGAAAAAAUUUUCCAAGCUGUUAGUUAAGAAUAAUUUAUGUAUGUAAUUGUUGAUAACCUUCUCUCCUUCUUAUAUCUUUGACUAAUCAAAGAAAUGACAAUUAUAAUUGAUUGUUUGAUUAAAUUAUAUUCAAUAAUUAAUACAUGACGCGCAAGUUAAACGAAUAUAUCGAAUACCCUUUGCAUGUUAAUUAUUAUCUAUGUUGGUUUUUCAGUAGCUGAUUUACAUUUAUAUUUAUAUAUAUGUAUCUCGAUCAUGGGUUUAAAAUUUUUACAAAAUAUUAUAAGGAACCGCUCAGCCAUAAUGCAAUUAGUACUUAAUACACUAUCAUUAUCGUGGCUUAUCAUCCAAGGACAAUCAAGCAAACGUAUAAUUAACGAUUGUGCCACGUAGCCCAUAGACAAACUCCCAGUUACACACGUUUAUCGAUCAUAUCAUAUCUGAUACGUAGUAUUACUUGCAGUAGUUAUUCCGGGUCCACUCAACUGCUGGGAAUCAUUUUAAACGCAAUAAAUUACUUCAUUUUAUUAAUCAAUUCACCAAUUAUAUUUAUUAUUUGACUCAGAAUCUCUACGUUUCACUGUAUCUUCUGUCGAGUACUUCUAUCACGUAUAUUUGUAUUUAUGGUUGCUACAGAUAUGAUAAACAGCUCUUAGUUAAGUACAUAGUCAUUCAACUUUAGUACUCUACACGAAUUUCUCAAUAACAAAUUUUAUUUAUUGCGUGUAUACAUUUUAUAAAAUUAUGAUGUGUUCAAAAAGUACUAAAAUCGAAUAUAUUCGAUUAUAUUUAUGUAUUUAUAAUACAUUUAUGUAACAUUUAUGAUACAUUUAUAAUACAAUUGUGUGUAUUAUAUUUUAUACAUAUGAUUAUAAAACACUUACUUUUUUAAACAAAAGCUGCAAUAUUAAACACUUUAUAAUGAAUAAAAACAAUAAGCUACAAUAAAGUAAAAUAUAUAAAAAUCUACGUUUCAAAUAAGAUUGAACAUAGUUAUCUAUGCACAUAUAUAUCAUUUAACGAGAUGAGAAUUUCCAGGAACACAAUGAAUCAUGUAUCUAAACGCAAGUCGCUAUAAAUUGUUUAAAAACGAAACAAACAUUUUCCGCGAAAUUUGAAUUAAUCUUUUCCAAUGUAUCCGGUUUCGCAUAAAAUUGAAAUUUCAUUUAUCUAAAAAUAAAUGUUAUAUGAGAUAUUUAAUGGCAUCAGUUUCAUACUUCUCGUGACCGUACGUACUACGUAUUCAAUUUUACUUCAGUGCUCAAUUUUUUAACAAAAUUAAUAACAUUAAUAUAUUUUAAUGAAUAAAAGCUGACGAAAUUACAUAACAAAUACGGCUUGUUUCUUUCUUAGUAAUUAUUUAGGUAAUACUUUGAUACUAUACUAUACACGCUACUAACGUGAAAAUUGUUAAUCUAUCAAUUGAAUCAUUCGUUCACCAGAAACUUCUGUAAUUAUGGAAUUAAAAAUGAAUCGAAUUUUAUUAUUUUAUUUUUUUUAAUUAAAGAAUUUUUAAUAGGAUUAAAAAUAAGCAAAUCACUAACAGAUAGAUUGGUGCUCAUCCUUACAAGUAUAGAUGUGAUAUUACCAUUCUUGAUAGAAAUAAAACAACAUGUAAUGGAAUAAGGGAUCUUUAAAUAAAGGAAUCGCUACGUCAAGAGGAUUAAAAGCUUCACUAAUGAAUUGACCUGUAUUUCCUGGUUAACAGAUUAAGAAUUUUAGCUUUAUUUAUAUAUCAUAAUCGUAAAAGACUUUAAUAAAAAUGUAUUUUAAGAAACAAUUAGUCAUGUCACUGUUACCUAAAAUAUCUACGCAUGCUUUACCUGAUUAACGUCAUUUGCUGUAUAAAGUAAUAUUUAGAGCAACAUCAAACUUCAGAAAAAGACAUAGUAAUUACUAAAUAUAUUCACAAAUUGAUAAUAAAAAAUAUUAAACAUUCUACAAUAUUGUACGAGAUAUAUUUUGAAUAAAUAUUGAAAACAUUGUAAUAUAUAUUAAACUUUAAAACAUCUAAGCCAUGUAUGUUAUCGUCAAAGCUUAUAUUAAUAAUAUUAGAACCAAUAGAUAUAUAAUUCACAAAAAUGAUAGAUAUUGUAACAAAUAUUAAUCCGACGGCGAAUAUAACAUUUAAUAAAAAUGAUAUUAAUAUCGUGAUAAUUGCAUUGUUACAAGCGUUAUCUAAUUAUUUAUACAAAUUCCACAAUCUUCGAUCAUUGUUAAUAUUUUUCACUGAAAACAUUUAAUAUUAAAUUAAUAACAAGCAUCUUUUAAUAAAUUAAUAAAAACCAUCAAUAUGAAAAAAGAUCGUUUCUAUUUUCUGUUAGCUUUCAUGAUUAGUAUUUUCUUCCGAUCGUCUUCCCCGAGAAGCGGGUGCUUCGUAGAGGUCAAUUCCCCGAAGGCCGUCCUUCCGGGACUGGCAGACGCGUGAGAAGGUUGUAUGUAUGUACAUACAUAUUUGCCCGAUAGCAGAGACUCCCUGCAGAACUCUCGAGCAGGGACGAUGGAACAGUUGAAGCGACACCUCAGAAAACUGCGUAUGCCCUUAACUUUUACCGAUCCAAAAUAGAUAGGUAAAGUAGAUUAUCACGAGGGAUUUUUGUUUACUUGUUAUUACGUUAUCCUCCCUAUUCUCAUAUCAAUAAAACGAAAGAAGCUUGGCCAUUACGCCAACAGUGCUGAAUAUGAUAAAUACCUUUUUACUUUUCUCUUGUGUUUUUGAUUUUCUUACACCGUAAAAGUGUAAUCGAAAGAAUAGUAACGCUCAAACAAUAAUAUGCGUUUCAAUACAGCGAAGGAAGACGCGAAUAAUGAGGUGAAUUUUAUUGACUAGAUAAUCAUUUUAAUUAUCAUUUUAUUAAUUUAUAUUUUAUAAAUUUAUAUAUUUGCAUAUUAUAAGAAGGUAAUGACAUAUAAUACAUUUGAUAGAGAAUGACAUAUGUUUCAAAGUUCUAGAAUGAAAGUAUUUAUGUAAUAGAAUCAUUUUAAUAUUGAGAAAUAUGAAAUAAAAUGACAAAAAAUAUUUUAUUCGAUGUUUCAUUUAUAACUUACAACUACCCUAUGAUAUCAAAGAAAAUCCAUCAAACAUCUCAUAAGAAAAUCAGCGUGACAUUAAAAGUAGUUGCAGUGAGGAUUCAUCGCAGUCAGGUAUUUUCUCGAAUUUCCAUUUAAUGUGUAGAGACACAAGGCCACUGUUAAAAGCCUCAUUAUCGUCUUCGAAUAUGAGGUAUAGAUCAGAGAGAGAAAGAGAGAGAGAGAGAGGGAGAGAAAGAGGGAAAGAGAGAGAGCGUAGUAGAGUACGUCCCUGUGGGUUUUAGUCAAGUAUCGCUAACUCUGCCUCUCCACAGGCUUUCUCGGUGUUAAAGUUUGUCCACAUGUUUUUUUCUACGUUUCGUGUACGAAACGCACCCGACUUGUCUAGAUACUAUAGGACAUGUAUAUGUAUAAACAUAUAACGUAUAGUUUAUAUAAACCAAGAAAGCAGUUUGCUCUAUGUCCAUAAUUGAAACAAAUCAUGAAAUGAACAAAGCUGAGUGAACGAGCGCUUAAUACUAUAACCACAGAAAAAAUAAUGACAUAACAAAAAUAUACGUAUACUUUGUUUAUUAGUCUCCUAAUUCUUUCGCUCAAAAGCUUAAUGUAGGAAUUUGUAAUUAAAAAUUUAGAGUUUGGAAUGCUCCCUAGGAAAUUUCGUAAUAAAUUCGAAAUAAAUAAAUCGAAACUUAAAUACAUACUUAUAAGUGUUGCUAUAGAAAUUUAUACAAGUAAAUUAUUAUUCGCAAAGACGUUCUAUCGCUUUUAUAUUUUCCAAUUAUAAUUUAUUGUGAAUGUAAAAUUUAAAUAUACACACAUAUACAUUUAUAUAUAUUUCUUUUUAGGCGUAGCACCUAUUUUAAAACACAUGUUGUAAUGAAACACAUGUUGACUAACAUACAAACAACAACUAAUAAAUACGUUAACUAACGAAAAGUCAUUUAAAAUACGUAUUUAAAUUAAAUAUAGUCAUUAACUAUACUUGUUGAGAUGUUCAUGAAACCGAUAAUAAUGUACUACAUUUUCUGCUUUAAUUUUAUACUUCUGCUAAUGCAAUUAUUGCUAUUAAGACAGCUGUAAAUGCAAGGAAUCUACGGAAAUGUUUGAACGUAGAGUAUUAACCCAUCGCAGAGAACCCGUUAUAAAUCACGAGCGUGGUAUAGCCAAGAGCGUUUCGGAAGAUUGAAUGCGUGUGGAUGAAGCUUUACACUCGUCUGAACCUCGAAAUCGUCCCCUCUCGUCCCAACAGGAUCCCCACUCUGAUCGUUCGAGUCCAUCCCUUCAGUGGCUCGGCAGUGCGCGUUCGAUACACGGAAUCGCCUCGUGGUUCUCGGAAGGCAGUAGACUGUCGUCAGCCACGCCAGACGGCGCACUGCUCGCACGCUCACUGCUCUCUCGUCAGAGAUACUCGCCCACUGGUUCACCCACGGCUGCUGUUACCUCGCUCUCGCGGCCUCUUUCUCUCGUCAUCUCGCUCUCUCUAUCUCUCUCUCUCUCUGCCCGGCUGCUGGCAGCGGCACACUCGGCUUAGCGGGCCGCCAGUUACGCAACAAUAACAACGCCGUCAGGAGGUGUAGCAUGCGCGUGCUGUGCCACCUAUACGCCGACGAACGACCCUGGAACGACGAGCUGACGAUCCGUCGUCGUCGCCGCCGCUUCUGCUGUUACUGCUGCUGCGAUCACUUGUUGAGGCGAGCGCGCAUCCGUUUCGCAACGCAGCUACACAGUACGAGCGUCUUCUUUUAGUGAGAAAAGAUUGUGGUGAUAGUAGUAGUGGUAGUGGUAGUGGUGACGAUCAAGCAAGAGCGUGGAAAGUGCGUGUAGUGUUGUCGAACAGGAAUUAUGUUGUAGGAAGAGUGAUGAGUAGUAACGUAUUAGACACGGUGGAAAGCGGUUUGUGCCUAUGCCGAGUGAGUGGCGCGAUCAAACACUCGAUACGCGAUACGCGCUUCAAGAUCGUACCUUACGGUAGAUCGAAUCGGUUCUUUAUCGUCUCAAUCGAGGACAAAUGAGCGAGAAAUUGUAACGUUAUCGUGCAUCCCAGCUGUCUCCUCGAAGCGACGUUGUCCCUGUUGGCUGUCAAGCGAAAAUUCAUCGAACCGAAGAAACUGAUUUCUGCGUAAUACUAUAUCGUUUUUGCGAUAGGAAACUUAUGCUAAAAAGAAAAGAAAAUUCCGUCAUGGAUACUUGUUGAACCAAGACUAUUGAAAUCGCGUCGUUAUUCUUGAGAAUCACGCGAGGGAAGAAAGGCAAAAAGGAAAAAAGGAAGAAAGACACAGGAAGAAUUUAUCGUUGGUUAAAGCGCGAGGUGCACGUCCGAGAGAAGUACGCGAAGUGAUACACGAAAUACGUUGCGAUUAGGCGCCAAUGACGUCAGACAAGAGUCGCGGAGCCGCACUGAUAUGUAUAUAUAUCAGUGCGGAACCGUGUAAGUCGCAAGAGGAAUUCGUUUGUGGAGUUUGCGGUGCGUUUACCGACGCGAUGUCGUCGUUGUAUUGGUGAUAUUACGGUUGGUGAUUGUAAUCGUAGUAGUAACAACAGCACUAUAUGUCUAAGUAGUAUUGGUGCUGGCAAGAGUUGUGUAGUGAGUUCGGUAUCAGUAUUACCGAGCAGAAAAGUGGUGGGGCUAAAGGAGAACCCGUGUGGAAUUGCUGCGUGGUCCGUCGUGGUAACCAAUUAUAUUUUCUACGUGUAUGCUACGCGGGCAAUGACUAACUGCUCACCGUUAAGUGUGUUAGUAGGAGAUAUCGUCGACGGACCCGUUUCUGCGUUGGUGUUACCGUCUACGUCAGCACCGGUCGGAUGGGAUUUGCAUAGCAAACAGAUUGACGCGCUGGUAAGUGGAUAACGAGAGAGGAGUCGCGACUCUGUGUCCCACCGCAUACCAAAGAGAAAAGGAUAGUGCGCGUAUAAGUCCCUCUGUGUUGUUCUCGUGCUUCUGGAGUAACAAGUGAGCGGCGAAACGGCGUUGCCAUGACGACAGAGACUCACACUGUGGCGAUGACAGACCCACAGUUAGCAAACAACAACAACAAUAACAACACCAACAACAACAAUAACAACAACAAUAACAAUAACGAUGGCGAGCCGAAAUACUUGCACAAGAAGUUCAAGAAGAUGGCGACGACCGAGGUUACGCCGCAAGUGGAGCCCAAGGAGGACGCCGUGGUCAGCAACGGUUCUCCAGAGACAACUAAAAGGAAGGAGUCGGCCAAGGACGCCAGAGAGUCGCCGAAAGAUCCGAUCAAGAUCGAGAUCUCUGCGGAACCCGCGGACGGAGAACCGACCGAAUCGAGGAAAAACGGCUACGUGUGUCCUUAUUGCAGACUGUCGUGCGCGAAACCGAGCGUCCUGCAAAAACACAUCCGAGCUCACACCAACGAGAGGCCGUAUCCUUGCGUUCCUUGCGGAUUCGCAUUCAAGACCAAGUCGAAUCUCUACAAGCACUGCAGAUCCCGUGCCCACGCCCUUAAGAUGGAGGGUGGUGAUGCCAGCAAAGUAUCGGAGGACUCGGACAUAAGCUUGUCCGACAGUGCGAGCAACGGAACCGGCACACCACCACCCCCUCCGUCAUCGACGCCCACGACGACUUCAGUUAGUGUAAAAACGAUUAAAACGGGGAAAAUCUACAAGCCAAAAUUUCACACGGCCCUCCAGUGUGUCAACAACGAUAUCGAAACGUCUUCCCUUUCCUCCAUUUCUUCCACGAACAGUUCUUCCUCGACAGCCGCUACAACCACGCCGAAACCAAACCCAGAGCAAGUACAGGAACAUAUUGAUAAAAUUAUUACCGACAACCAAGCGAUCGUCGAUGCGGUAGAUCCGCGACUGCACAAACUGAUUCAAAGACAGCAAAGCCUCGUGGAAACGAAACAAUCUACCGAUCAGCCGUUGAAUCUCUCAUCCGCGGAGGAAUCUUCGAGAAAACGAUGUUACAGUGAGAGCUUUGUGCAAGAAAGUAAAGAUUAUUCGAACGGUCCGGAAAGUUCGAUAAUCAAGGAUCUCCUAUUGAAAAAUCAAAACUCGAAUCAAGAGGGAACGACGGAAUACGAGAGCUAUUUUUGCCCUUCCUGCAAUAUCCCUUACUCAAGUAUCGAUAAUCUCGACGUUCAUCGUAAGUACUACUGCAAAGGCAGCGUGAGUCCUCGAAGAGAUUAUCAGUUGGAAAUGGAGAAAAGAGAGUCGGAUUUUGAUUCCAAGUCUUCCGAAUAUUACAGCACCUUGCAACCCCUUCCCUCUCCCGGGCCUCUGUUGGGCAAUACGAGGCUCGUCGACGCGUACGCCCCACCCAUGAAGAAACAGAGAUCGGACCCCGUACCAACCACAUUACGAUCUCUCGAGGAGCUAAGCAAGUAUCCACGACCAAACUCGUUGCAAAUGUUCGGCGGGGAAGUCAGGAUAUUGGACAAUACCGGUGAAACGAAGACGAUGAGAAUCGAGCCGCGACAAACCAACUCUCCUACGAGCGAGCAGAUCGUGAGCAGCAAGUGCGUUACUUCGGAGACCGCUUCGAUCGUGGUUAGAUCGGGUCUGCACUCGGGAGGCACGAUGGUACACAAACCACCGCGUACGGCGGCCAGCACGCCUAGUUCCUCCAUAUCUUUGCCCAACACUCCGAAAAUGUUGGCGCCGAUCAUACCGAACAUAUCAACCUCGAAUAUAGCACCCAACAUGUCGUGCUACAGUUAUCUAGAGCCGAACUUAAAUCCUCUGACCAGUAUCACUGCCUAUAACCCGCUGACUUUGCCUCAACCGGGAAUCACGAAUAUCCUUCACGGUGGUAAAGUUAUACCUUAUGUUCCUGGCAUGCCUGGACCACACACCCUGACGCCAGCCAUAGACAUAUCCACGAGUUUAGCCACCGAUGAAGCCGGAUACAAGGUGAUACCAGGAUUGCCUGGCCUCCACAUAGUCCCUCAACCCUUAGAUCUCGCCAGUCCGGUGAAAAUACAAACGCCAAGUACAAAUACCAACGCCACCAAGAUACAAACGCCAAUAGCUGGAAUUCCAGAGCCGAUGUCCAAUGGACACGUCUCGAUGAUAGGCCAGCCAUUGGAUCUCGCCAGCCCGGCAAAGGACCCCAAGCUCGGCUUCAAAACUCCUGGCAACGAUGUUUUGAAGAUCGGAUUAACGAGCCCAAAAGUUCCUAGCGUUACCGAGACCUCGACGAGACUUCGCCUCAAGUUCUUGAGGCCGACUUCGUUGCCACUAAAGCCAGGCACGUUCACGCCUAAGAAGCAUCAUGGUAUCACUCCUACGGCAAACACGCUUCCGCUCAUAAGCCCAGAAACCCCUCGGCCGAAGAAAUCCUACGGGCAGCUUUAUUUGAACGGUCACGCGUAUACAUAUCUUGGCCUGAAAUGUUCGACCAGAGUAUUUUACUGCACUCUGAAUAGACCACAGCCGAUGUAUGUGACACAGCAACACGGCUUAUCUAUGUACUCGAAUUGGAAGAUAUGCAAAGAAGUACCAUCUGACGUUGAUAUGGCGCAUUACGAUUCGAGGCACAGACCGCUUAAUUAUACGACCGCCUGGAAAAAACAGGAGGACAUUUUGACGCAUUCCUCGGAAAGACCGACCACCCCAACUAGUUUCGAUAGCGGUUUGGAUAGCGAUAUGCAAGAAAAAGCGAAAAGAGUUAAGAUAUUCGACGGAGGAUUUGAAAGCAACGAGGACUAUACAUAUGUCAGGGGCAGAGGUCGAGGCCGAUACGUUUGCGAGGAAUGCGGCAUUCGUUGUAAAAAGCCAUCCAUGUUAAAGAAACAUAUCAGAACGCACACGGACGUAAGGCCGUACACGUGUAAACAUUGCGCUUUUAGCUUUAAAACCAAAGGCAACCUGACGAAACAUAUGAAAUCGAAAGCUCAUUACAAGAAGUGCGUCGAGCUCGGCGUUGUUCCGGUACCUACGACGGUCUGUGAUGAAAAUAUCGAUAAAGAAGCUAUCGCCCGGUUGGCUGCAGGUGGAAAUACCGAGGAAUCCUCGGAAGAGGAGGAAGAAAGCGAUGGAGAGGAGAGUGAAGAAUCCGGAAGCGAGGAGCAAGAAGCUGCACAGAGUUUGCUAAGUCUAUCGCAACGUAAUACAAACAGAUUUCCAGGGCUUCUACCGUCUGGAAGACCGACAACUUACCCUUACACUCUAACUUUCCCAACGACCUCCAGGUCCGCGAACGUAUCAUCUACCGCGAUAAGCAACAACGUCUGCUUGAGCAGUCAAACUGUCACCACGCAAGAAACUACUCUCGUUCGAAACGAAUUGUCCCAUCGAUACUAUUUCCCCUCGAGCCGAACCGCUCCGGAAGAAUCGAGGACGACCGUGAUUCAAUCAUCGAAAAAAGAAAGUUCCGACAUCGAGGUGAACGGAGUCGAUACCGACUCACGAAAUACUUUGGCACAGCCUAUGGAUCUCACGACGAAACCAGCCCUACAGCCGUUGCCCUCUUCCAUACCGCAAAGAGCCAAGCCAGCAGAUAUUUUAACUCCCGUUUCGGAACCGGUACUGUUACAAACGAUCGUUCAAACGAUGGAAAGACUACCGAUACAAGGAAGAGAGUGGAAACCGGAUGCCGAGGGGCAUAUGUUGCAAGCAUAUCUCACUGAACGACACGUUAUGGAUAGUAAAAUUAAACAACAAUACCGAGUAGGAAAUACGAAGAUGGAAAAGCAACCGAGAGAGAGAGACAUUUACCCGGAACAAUCAUCUCCGAAAUCAAGAAACGCUGAAUUAGAGACUAGUCCAGUAACGACUUAUAACGAUCCUAGCAAGAUACAAAUGACUAUGAUAGAUUCCAGGAUUAAGCACGUAUCGAAGCAUACCACUGAAGAUAUCAAGAUGGAAAUCAGAGAGAAAAUUUAUCAGAACAAUAUCGUCAUAGAUCGACGGUCGUUCGAUAUCGAAUCGAUUCACAGAGAAAAAGAAAUAGCAGAGAGCAUGAAACAUACGGUUGCGCGGAAAAUGGUUGUCGGGGGACCCGGUUUUAGAUCGCCCUCGCCUAACGCUGCAACCACUAAACCACAAGCUGAGUUCUUGCAGCCCUCGAAUGGACCUGCACCUAAUUAUGUCAGUUACAGUGUGACUGAAGAUGGGAGAAGCGUCUGUGGAAUUUGUAACAAGGUGUUCAGCAAACCUAGUCAGUUACGGUUGCAUAUCAACAUUCAUUACUUCGAGAGACCAUUUAGAUGCGAAAGUUGCGCGGUUUCUUUUCGAACCAAGGGUCAUUUGACAAAGCACGAAAGAUCUGUUUCUCACCACAAUAAGGUUAGUAUGACUUCCACGUUCGGAGCAGCGACCACCAGCAAUCCAAGGCCAUUUAAAUGUACAGACUGCAAAAUAGCAUUCAGAAUACAUGGUCACUUGGCGAAGCAUUUGCGUAGCAAAAUGCACAUUAUGAAAUUAGAAUGUUUAGGAAAAUUGCCCUUUGGAACGUACGCUGAGAUGGAAAGAUCUGGUGUCAAUUUGAAUGAUAUUGAUACUACCGACUGUGAUAAUAGUCUUUCUAGUCUUCAGAUGCUGGCUCAAAGACUUUGUGAAAAAGAUCCUACAAAAAUAGGUCAAUGGGAGUCUGAAACAAUUCCAAGUCAAGUGAUCAGCGGUGGUGAAACUUCGUCCGAUGAGGGUGAGCCUAUUCUACAGCAUGCGUGAAAGUGACAACCGCGAAUAUGUAUCGAUCGUAUCAUGUGCCAAUUGCAAACGAAAAUCCAAAGUCCGGUGUCCACCUUGGGAAUUCUUAGUUUAAUCGACAGAAGCACGAGGAUAGCGCGGAAGAAAGCCAGAAUUAACCUACGUUUUCCAUAGAGGAUACAAAGCCGGACGAAGAUAUACAAUUAUAUAAGUGCCAAGUUUGCACAGUGUUUACUAUGAACGAAUUAUAAGAACGAGUUACAUUGCUUCGUUGAACAUAAUAUCAAAUCAGAUUCUAGUACAAAUACCCAAGGGGAUAGGGGCUUGAACAUACACAAGUGUAGAGAGAAAGAGAAUACUCAGAUAUGAAUUACAGACGAACUCGUAGUCAAGACAGAUCACAAUCACAAUAGACAAACAAUCGAAGACACGUAUGUAGUGCCAAAAUAAUGCAGCGAAUUAUAGACAUUCUGCGGUGAAAUUUCAAAGAAUUCGUUGCUGUAACAGAUAAAAUAUAGCUGUAAUAACAAAAUACCAUCACCUUUCGAAGGAAAUUUUUCAAGAGAUUUUCAUUAACCAAGCUAAUAGCGUUUAUUAUUGUGAUGAAACAUUGCAGCAAUCUUCUUCCAAGAUGCCAAAAAAAGCAAUUUAAUUACAUUAAAAACAAAUUCUACAAUGUGGUAAUGUACAACAAAAAAUUAUCGAAAAAUAUUACUAUUAUAAUGAAACUCUGAUUUAUUCAAUGUGUAUUUAUUUAAUGCGUCGAAGUAUACAGAGUACAAACAGCAUAAUACUAUAGUACAAAGAUAAAAGAAGGAAUUAUAUGUGAAAAGAUAAAUAAAAAACAUGCUAUGAAAUUUCCAAUUCGAGAUAUCGUUUUCAGAAAAAUUUAUUUUGGGAAUUCAUCGGACAUAGAUUGGGGUUAGUUAUUAUCCUAUUUCGUUAUUAAUUGUUUUAUACGACAUAAUUUUCUAUUUAGAUUUCAAUCAAAGAUUUCCGAUCACUGAAGAUACACGAUGAUGUAGUUUGGUAAUAUAACGAAUUUUUGUACAAAUCCGGGUUCUUCUUUUUGCUUUUCUACCAAUGUCAGACAUUCAAGCUCGUGAUUUUUGCACAUGCCCACGUAUAUCAAACAGAAACUAUAGAAGGAUUAAUUAUUUGUGUAUUCAAGCAAUUUCUAAAAUCAAUUGUGUCUCUUUUGUUUUUCAUAACAUAUUCCUUAUUCUUUCAGUUUCAGUUAUACUAUUGUCUCACUCUGUAGAAUAGACGCAUACCUUGCAAUAUAAAGCAUUAAAUGCACGUUAAAAAUUAAUUGACUUCGGAAAUUGAAAGCAAAAUUAUUGAAUACUUAACAAUGCUACUUUUUUAUUUUUGAUACUCUAAUAAACAAAAUUUGCUGUGUAGCCAAUCACAUCAUCAAAAGAGUGAUUUUUUUAUGUUUUAAACAUUUUUAUCGAUACUACUUCCUAAAGUAACAAUAUGUGUAUUUUUAAUUAUCUGUCAACUAUCAAUAAGAAAAUCCUUUCUAAUUGAAUAUUAUAUACUUUCCUCAUUAGAGUUUGCUUUUCGUAUUAUUUGUCAUAAUAAGUAAAAAGGUUAAAAUAAAUAAUAUCUGCUGUUCGGUGGACAAGAAAUUUUCUGUACAUUUGUAUGAAAUAUGUGUCUAGAACUAUACAAUUUUUCUUUAUAGAUUUAAAUUAAAAUGUAGUAUUUCCAUUUUAAACAGGUAGCAUUAUUCAUUUUAUCUUGCUUUAGUCUUUUAAAAAUAAUUUUUUAAGUGUACACAAAUAACCAAGUCAUCUGUAUUUAACAUAGUCAUACGUGUAUGUACAUAAUAUAACAGUAAAUAUAUUGUACAGAUUUAUAAUCAAAUGUGUCAUACAAAAUGUACUGAAAAAUUAUUGAAGGUAUAAUGGUUUAUCUAAAUGCCAUUCCCAAAAAUGAAAGAAACAUUAAACACCAUUGAUUUGAUUCCUUUUCUCUUUCAGAAAUAAAAAUUAUGUAACUAAACAUUAUAAAAAAAUUUGGGCUGAAUUACUAUCAUACUAUGAUAUUACUAUAUUUUUUAUUGAUAUAUACUGGCAUAUUCAUAGUUACAAACGUCUACAUGUAAUAUUUCAUGUCAGAAAACUACAUUUAGAUAAAGUAUUGUAUAUAUAUAAUUUAAAUUUGUAUUGAAAUAAGUGCACUUAUUAUAAAGCAGAUAAAAAAUUCCCAAUGGGUGACGAGUACAAGUAAAAUAAUAAUGUGCCAAAUAUUUAUAUAGCAAUUUAUAAUAUUAUAAUUUCAAUAUAUCGUUUAAUUCUAUGAUUAGAAAAAUCUUUUCUCAGAUGGCAUAACGGAUAAACCAUUAAAAUUCUGUUUUAAAAUUUUGGUACAUACAUGAAGAUACAAUCACAGUGUAAAGCGGAUAUUCUAACUCAUUGAUAAUAAGAAAUGCAAAUCUAUGUUUAGUGAGUGUUGUUUAUAUUCUUAUAAUGGUUCACAUAACAGCUUUUUCAUUGUCAUUCAUAUUUUUAAAAAACUGAAGAACAUAUUUGGUAUUACUUACAAUAUUUAUAUAACAACAUGAAUAUUAUAUAUUAUGAUUACAUCUAAAAUCGAAUCAGAAUAAUACAAUACAGAUGAAAGAAGAAUUAACUUUAAACGUAAUUUUGAUUAAACAUUUCUUAUUCAAAACGUUUAUUUAUGUUUUUUACGAACAUAUUUUAACCUCUAUAAACUUUUCUUCUGAAAUAGUUUACGUUUAUUUACGUUUUUUACGAACAUAUUUUAACCUCUAUAAACUUUUCUUCUGAAAUAGUUUUAAAUAUGGGGAGAAGCUAUUUUUAUUAUUUGUUACGAAGUUUAUGGAAUGAAAAAUAGUUAAGCCGAAUUAUUUAAACUAAAAAUUAACAAUUUUAAAAUUUGCUAAAUGUGUAUCUCAUAGUAUGAGAUCUCUUAACACUGUUUCCUUUUAUUGAUUCAAACAUUCAUAUAUAUUCAUCAUUUUAUGAAACCUUGUUUGUCUAUUUGUCUUCUUUCUUUGAGCUUUAUAUUCACUUAUCAAUUGAAUAAUUUAGUAUAUUAUUUUAGCAUAUUUCUAUAUAACUGUGUUAGAUACGUAUCAAACAAAUGACAUGCAUCUAUAUAGAAACAAAAAUUUAUUCACUUUUAUUUACAUAUUAUAUUUAUUCUUUCAGUUUAUGUUCUAAGAUUACUUAUGUAUGUACGAAAUAUUUCUGAUUUAUUUUAUGUGUAUAAAACUCCUGCUUUCAUUUUGCUUUUUAAUCCUAACGUAUCCUAAAAACAUGACAUAUUUCUAAACAAUAAUAUGAUACAAUUCUGAUUGUACACUACAACCUCUGAGACAAACAUCAAUUUAUAGUUCUUUUCCUCGUAUAUUUUUUACAGAAUUCUUAAUGUGACAUAAUUUACAAUAUAAUAUAUAUUUCACUCCUUAUUAUGUGUUUAAUAAGUGUUUGAAAGUAAAUGUUAACUAUAAUAAGAAACUCAAAUAAAUAGAAUAUCGUCAUAUAUAGUGCUCAUUUUGUAUACUUGUAUGGAUCACAUAACACCACUAAUAAUAAGAACUCAGACUGAAAAACUCCUAUUUAUUUUAAAGUAGAAAAUUAUAAUUUACAUCAUUCGUAAAAAUAGUAGUAAUUUAUUACUAAAAAGUUAUCCUUCUUAAUUAUUAUAUCUUAAAACCAAAACAUAAGUUAGAAAUUCUGGUUUAAAUCUCUAUAAAGUUUCCUUCGAUUGGUAAUGGUGAGUAAACCUGUAAAAGUAUAGUUCUUAUCUAGUAAAAGAUAUAAUAUUUAUAUACAGUAGUAUUGUGUCAGCAUGAGGUGCAAUGGACUGAUAUGUGAUUCUGUAUGUAAAGUGCAACUGUUGCGUUCAACAUUGAAGAGUAUUCUAAUAUUAAAAAUUAAUAUUAUAUCUAAUUAUUGAUAGAUGAAUCAUAUAUAUAUAUAUAUAUAUAUAUAUAUAUAUAUAUAUAUAUAUAUAUAUAUAUAUAUAUAUAUAUAUAUAUAUAUAUAUAUAUAUAUAUAUAUGUAUGUAUGUGUAUGUGUAUAUAUAUAUAUAUAUAUAUAUAUAUACACAUAUAUUUAUAUGAUAUUAGUAUGAUCAAUUAUGAGAAUUAUUGUUGAUAUAAGAGAAGAUGUGUUUGUAUAUAUUUAUGUAUAAUAUAAUGAAAUCCUAUUAUAGUCUUCACUGUAUGUAAUUGUAAGAAAUUUAUAAUUGGGAACAGAAUCGGUUAUUCGGAUUACCCGCAAAUUAUAAUUUUAACGAUCUUCAUUUAUAGAUAUCUUUUAUUCUUCUAUUAUUUCUGAAAUUUAUAAAUAUUCUGCACCUUUAAAACAGAGUUAGGCAAAACAUUUUAAAUUUUCUCAUAAAUGCAUAUUUAUCAUCAUAAUUAUAUUCCAAGCUUUUAUUUGAAAUCAUUUUUUAUUACCAUUAAUUAUUUGUAACAAAAAUAUAUUUAUUGAUUUUAUUAAAUUUUCAUAGUUGCAGACAUAUAUUCAAAUUCUUGUUAAAUAUUUAUAUAAUGUUAAGUGAAUAAUAUACAUGUAUCAGUAUAAACAAAAAUUAAAUUUUUUCACCUUAUAAUAACAUCGUAAGAACUAAAGUUUAAAAUGAUAAAUUGAAUAGUACAAUAAAACACAUAAGAUAAAAAUAAAAGAUUAAUUUGAACUUUAAAGGAAAUUAUACACAGACAUACACUUAAGUAAAGAUAUUUGAAUUGUCAAUUCAGUAAAUUUAAAUAUAAAGACUACAUACAUGAAUGUUGAAACUGUAACAAUUAUUGAUAUGAUAAUGAUUUGUGUAAUUUCUAACUCUGUUUAAUAGCUAGUAAAAUUAAUAUGCAUAUUUUAAUAAGUUUGAUUUAAUUUAACGAAAUGUUGCAGGCUAGAUCAUCAUUAUUAAACUCUGGGUAACCGAUUUUCUGAUUUUGCUUAAGAUAUUUAAAAAGUAACAUACCUUCCAAGAGCGAUAGCUAUUCUAUCUUAUAACUAUUAACAUAAUAUGCAGAGCCCAGUUUUUAUUAACAUGUCACUCAAGCACGACUUGUCUUUCCUACUGCAUAAUCAGAUAUCGAUUAUCACAAUUUGUACCUAUGUGUGCUUGAGACAAUAGGAGACGAAUGACCGCACAAUCAUGUACAUUGAGGUCCAUUUGAAAUGUCGCCAAACAAUAUCAAUGUAGCAUAGAUCAAUAUAGCAUUUGGUGUAUAUCCAUUCUAAUGAAAACCGACUAAAUCAUGUAUGAAUUUCUAAAGCGUGCAUGUAUGUAUGUCCACAAUGCCAAGCCAACGAUGUUUAUAUUUUGGAAGAAAUAAUAUGAUAAACAAAAAAUAACUUUUGCAUUGAAAAUAAUAUUUGAUAAAAAAAUAUUAAAAGGAAGAUUUCAUGGAGAAAACAUAUUUUGGAAUGCAGCUGAAGCCAAAUUUCAUACAAUGUAAUAUUUAUCUCUAAACUAUUUCACAUGUAAUUACUAAGAUAGUUCUUUCAAAAUAUUAUUGUCAAUAUAUUUUCGAAAUAAUUGUUUUUUGUAAAAAUAUGGAGUAUUUUAAACAACAAAAAGUCCCUUACAUAUCAAAUCUAUUAAUUUAGACCUAGGGAAUCAUAAAUAUCUAUACUUUUUGUCAUUUAUAUGCUGCACUAAACGAAAAAAUUUGAUGUAAGAUAAGUAUUCUAUUCGGAAAGAACAUUAUAAAUAUGUUAAACAACAUAUUUUUUCUAGCGUUAUUUGAAAAUAUUUUUAGAUAAUUUAUAUAUAUAUUUAUGUAAAUCUAUUUUUUGUUAAUAUGCGAACGAAAAUUUUUUAUGAAUUUUAUAUGUGAGAAAUUCAAGUUUGCUAACGUCUUUAAUUAAAUACUUAUUAUGUGAAAAAAUUGAUGUAAAUGUUACUUUAAAACAAUGUAGGAUAUGAAGUAUAGCAUACAACAAACAAAGAAUUUUAAAGUACUUAGUACAUGCAAUAUUCUUUAACAUGCACAAGGCAUUUAUCACUUAUAACUAGUAUAUCGUUAAGGUUAUUAUAUCAGAAUAUUACAACAGAAAUUAACUGAUUUGUUUCAACAUGCACACAAGCUAUCUUAUUAUUGUCUUAAAACUAUGUUUCCUGAAAAAUAAUAUAUAUUCCAGGUGAAAGGAUCAGAGUAAUAUAUUGCUUUAUAUUAUGCAAUUACUUAUCAUAAAUUCGAAAGGGAAUGAAAUUUCAAGAAAACGUUUUGGAGGAAGGUCUUAAUAUCUUCUAAUAAUGAAAAAGUUCUAAAAAUCUUCCAACUUUUGUAUCAUUAACAAGCAAGUAACGUUACUGUUACAUAAGAAGCUUACUAUAAAUGCUAAAACUUUCAUAAUAAUUAUAGUUUUCCUUUCUUUAAAAAUAAUAGUUGUAAAAUUUGCUAAUCUAUAUACUAAGGAAUAAAUUGAUUCUGCGUAAUAUUCUGCUUAAUAACACUUUUUAAUUUAGUAAAACCUUAGAAAGAAGUGUUAUAAGUGAUAACAUACUUUGAUCUGUAUACUGUUACUAUAUGUAUAACUCUUGUAAGAAGUUGGCUUGGCUCCUUCCAAACUCAGUAUUAAAAAAUGAUGACAUUGAAAAAUGAAGAACAAGCAGGAUCAAACCUACAAUUUGUGGAUUAUUUUUGACCAAAUUGUGUUUUACAAGGAAAUUCUUCCAAAAUUUAUUAUCUACCACUUUAUUUAAAGAAUUUCUGACACAAUCUAUGUCUUUUUACAAAUGAUUGAAAUUUUAUAAUGGGUGUUGACAGUUGCGAACACUUGCAAACAGUUGGCAAACUGAUAUUUUAUAAACAUUUUUUUCCAGUACAUAAUCUAGCUAAAUUGUACUCAUGUGAAAAUAUUCAUCUUACACUCUUGUAAUUAGUUCCUACAAUUAUGAUAUACUUAAAGUGUAAAAAAUUUAUUAGCGAAAAUAAAUUUUAAUCAAAGUUGAUCAAGUCUUUUGAUGAACAUCACAAUGCAAUGGGACCGCAUUGAGACUUAAUAAGAUAUACAUAUAUGUACAAACAUAUAACAUCAGCUUUUAUGAAAUGUAAAAAUGCCAACAUUUUGCUAGUGUCGCCGUCAGUUUUCUUCCUGAUUCUGUGACUCUGUUGACCUACUGAUAAAAAAAUGUAAUUUAUUUAUUGUAAAUAAAAACAUAUAUUGCAUAAAAUGUUUUAUAUUACAUAUUCUGCAUGGAUACACAUUUAACAAAAUUUUGGUAAAUGGAAUGCAAGGAUUGAAGCUCAUUUAAAGUUUAUCAAAAGCCGUGAAAUACAUAUACAUUUUUGGAUCAAUAUCAAUAUAAUUUUUUAAGGUAGCGUCACAAAUAUAAAAGUACAGUUUUAUGGAUGAUGUGGGAUGGGAAUAAAUAUUUAGUUUGCAAUAA